AAGGCAUUUUCGGUGUCUCUCUUGUGCGUGGGUGUGUGCUUGUGGUGCGUCUGCUGUGUGCGACUUGUAUGAGAGUUAAUAUAUAAAAGAACAAUUUUCGCCCUUCGGUCUUGGUGUUGUAUUAGCAAGUAUUCUUUCGGUCCUCGCCCCUUUGCACUCCCUCUCUCUCCCUCCCUCUCUCUCUCUCUCUCUCUCUCUCUCUACAGCGCCCAUCUUCCUUCGUCGCCUCCACCUCCUCCCACCCGCAUACCAGACCUCGAAAAAGAUCGGAGCUUGGUGCUGUCCGAGCUGGUGGGUCGGUCUCUGCUGGGCCGUUCUCGUGUUCGGUCAAGCGAAAAUCGCACCUUUCCCUUCCUUCGCGUAUAUUUGUUGCGGCAACCGAAGUAAACGAGCGGCAUGAGGAUCAGGAAACGGCAGGCCCGGCUCCCUCUCUCGGCUCUCUCCCCGGUCCCUCUCUCAGAUCCCCUCUCCAGCCGCUCUUGCCUGGUGCAACUCCGGCCCGCCCAUGACGACGACAAAGCCGGCGGCCCCGUUGGUCCGCGGCCGUCUGAUCGACCCAAUCGGCCUCCCCAGCCGGUCGUACCCGAGACGGAGGGCCGGGAUUCGUCUGAUUCCGCUGCUGCUGGGGAGGAGAACAGGAGGAAGAGAGAUUUCCCGGAGUUGCUGCAAGGAGAGGAAGAAGAUGGAGGAGAGCAGAAGGGUAAUGAUUCCAGUGCGUCCGCCGUAGAGUAUCCGAGCUGGGCUCUCGCAAAUUCAUUGCCUUCCUAUCAAGCAGCGGAGAGAUGGGGCGAGGGGGAGAGAGCGUUCCCGCUGAAGAAGAGAAGGGGGAGUUUGGGCGAAACCGCAAUGCUGGAUGGUAAAGAUAGUGGCUUCAAGAAGAUGAAGCUCGUCAAGUCGGGGAACGCGAGAACAAGCAAGAAAGAUGCGAGGCGGGACGAUAGUGAGGAGGAUGAUGACGGCGAAUUUGAAGAAGGGCGAGACCAAGGUGGAGGGGAAGAGAAGAAGAUCGUGGUGAGCAUUGAGAGCUCCGGUGCAAAGAAGAGAGGGAGAGGCGGCGUGCUCAUGGAGGGUUCGAGGUGCAGCCGCGUCAACGGGAGAGGAUGGCGGUGUUGCCAACAGACUCUGGUGGGGUAUUCGUUGUGCGAGCAUCACUUGGGCAAGGGGAGGCUCAGGAGCAUGACCAGCGUCCGGAGCAAAAGCAAAAGACCCAACUCGUCGUCGUCAUCGCGAGCCAACGAAUUACUUCCAGAAGAGAGAGCUCUAGAUCCACCGUCGAAAGCGGAAGGUGCCGAAGAUGGAGAUGAAGAAGAUGAUGGCGAUAUCGAGGACAAGGUGGCAUUGAAGAAGAAGGUGAAGCUCGGGAUGGUGAAGGCUCGCUCCAUGAGCAGCUUGCUCGGCCAAACAAGCAGCGCGACCGCAAUUGCUGACGCACCGUGAUGAUGUCGGGAGCAUGGACAAGCAUUCACGAAUGCCAAGUCUAGGUUAGCAACAAUGCUAGCCAUACUACAGGAUUAGCGUAUGUAUCGGUAUGCAGCGAGUGAUUUAACAUACCCAAAUCGGGGUUUCGUCCACUUCUCUAAAUAUCGACUCGCCGUCUGACACGUCACUUAGCCCUUUAAUUUUGUGUGAAGAAUAUUGGUGUGUACCCAGUAGCAUUCGACGAUGUCGGGGGAAAGAACUGAUUAGAAACAAGAAGAGAGGUGUGAGUAAUUGAUGUAGCAGGUCAAGUGUUUCUAAUGUUUUCGAGCUUGUAUUGUUUUAUGUAAGAAUCAAGAUGAAGAAAAAAGGUGUGUUCUCCGAUGAUGCAGGAGAUUUUCGUGA